CGAGAGCGCGCCGCAGAAAGUAACCCCAGUGCGCCCCGUUCGCCGGCUGCAAUCCAGCAUCUGAUGAGAAAGAGGGAUUUAUUCACGAGGAGCGCGCAGACCCCGCGCGGUUGUCUUGGAGACCGACUUGUGUCCUUGCACAGCGCCACCGUGCAUUGUUCUGCGGGAAGCUUUCAUUCGCGUCCCUCGGCACAAAGUCGGGGGCCACUGCAGCCGCGCUAUGGCACCGUGCGGCUGAUGAUUACGUCAGUCUGACUAGAGCCGUCAAGGCGUCCCUGGCUUCUCCUCCGCGCUGCCACCGAGCCCCAUCAGUACGCUCCGCUCCAGAAAACUGUGGGAGGACCCGACUCCGAACCCCGGGCUCAGGGCCAUUUCUAAUGCUCAUCUGUCAGGACGCUACGCUGGCGUAAGCUCAUGUUUAAUGCUGCAAAAUGGAGAGUCUUAAUGUUUGUUUUCAUCAUCACACAUAAAUUUUAACCACCAGUAGGUUUUUAAUAAAAUAUGACUGCAUUACUUGAUAUAUAGCCCAUGUUUCAAAAUGUGAACUGCACUUUGAUUAAGGUGCCUGUUUAGAUGGGCUGUGGCUCAAGCAAUGACAAAUUUAAGUACGAAGUUUUAAUUAAUAAAAUCUUUAAAUGUCCCACCAUUACCCUGCAUUGAAAUAUUUUAGUGUUAUGUUUGUUUUCCCUGACGUGCAACUUUUCAAAUAGGAAAAACACUAGCCCUUUCUCUUAAUCUCAUACCUCGUUACUGUUUUGAUGAAUGCAAACAGACACUGAACACAACACAACUCACUGAUGUUAAAUGCUUUUCUUGUCUUUGAAUGUUUCUCUCAUUUGUACCGUUUGGGAAGACCAAGAACCAUGAUGAAUGGUCUGGUGUUGGCUUGGAACCCAACGGGUGUUCAUAAGUAAAUGAAAAUCAAGUAAUUUUAAUAAAAGACUAACAAAUUGAGAAAGAAUCUCCACUCGUCACCGUCAUCUCUCAAAAUUCUGUAAAUCAAUAUUCACUGCCGAUUGCAGAAAUUUGUCUGUUUGGGGAAAUUCUGACCCCUAGCGGAACUUCUGUAAACGACAAGUCGACUACGGUCAACACUUUGCAGUUUUUCGGGCAAAUCUGCAUAAAGUGACAGCUAUAGAGUCAUCAGCGUCGGCUCAUUUUUAACAUGUUACACCUGUUUAAUGUGCAAAAUCCGUGUGCUAUUUUAAAUGAAUGCUUGUAAAUGGGAACUGAUUAACAGGGACUAACGGGUUAACUGUUUUGUUGCAAGGUACCCGCAAGCCCCCCUCGCAGCCUCUCGAUUGACACCCUCCGAAAUACACUUGCGGAUCUAGGUGUCUCCGGUGCCGACUUCAAGCCCCAGGAAGCUUAGCGAAGCCGCUCCGCCGCUUCCAAUUGGCUGCGCGGUGGUCGGGAGGCUCGCGGCGCCCGCAGGAGGCGUACACGGGACGGGAGUCGGAGAGCAUCGCUUUCGGAAGCGCAGUUAUGCUUUUUGGAGGCGCUCUGCCGAGUGCCUCUUUGCAGACGGCCUGUCCAGCGCGGGGGACCCACCGCCAGGAGCCCGUCCAUGCGAAGUCUAGCAUUGCUGCUGUGUCCGUGUGCCGUCGCCGUUGCGCUGCAUCUCUGGCUGCUGGCGAACAGAGCCGCCUUCUUCUUGGAUUUGCAGGAUUCAGAUCAGCAGCUGCGGGCCCCUGAAGUUCUGGUCGGAGUUUUGUCGGCGCGUCACCACCAUGCGCUAAGAGCCGCGAUAAGGGACACCUGGCUGGGGUACCUCAGGGAACAUCCCCAGUUCCGACAGCGGGUGCAGGUGAAAUUCAUCGUCGGCAGACAUGGCUGCGCCAUACCCGAGGAGGACCUGGAGGACCCGUACUCGUGCAUCCUGCUGAACAUCACCGAACCCGCAGAUUCCCAGGAGCUGGAGGUCCUCACCGUGCAGCACGGCUCUGCUCUCGGUCCUUCCAACGUCUCCGUGCUCAGCUUGGACUUCAAGGUGCUGCACCCCCUGGUGGUCACACGCCUGGGCGUCUUCCCAGACGGCCCCGCUCAGGAGCUCCACGGCAACAUCACCGUCAAGCUUUUCCAGGUGGACCAGGAGGAACCCGUGGUGACAGCUCGCUUCAGUGCCAUCAGCACAGGCACCAAUGUGAACGGAGUGUGGUACAAGCCGGUGGAGCAAUUCAUCCUGCCACGGGGCUUCGAGGGCUCGCUGGUGUGGGAGAGCCUGGACUCCGCCAGUCUGACCACGGUGGACAUUUCCAGGGUGCAGCUCAACACCGGCGGGGGGGUGCUGAGGUUGUCUGCGGUGGCGGAGGGCACGCUGCCCCACAGGAGCGCCCGUGGUCUGCCGGGACUAGCUGGAGGAUUCACCUUCACCAUAUAUGAUGUGGAGGCUCUGUCAGAGAUGCUGCGGGGCCGUCCGACCCGCCGAGAGCGGCACGCGGCCAGGCUGGAGGAGGAGGGGGAGGAGCUGGAACGGGAGAGCCGUCGGCACGGUGACAUCGUCUUCGUCGACGUGGUGGACACCUACCGGAACGUUCCGUCUAAGCUGCUGCAGUUUUACAAGUGGUCAGUGAGAAGGGCUGACUUCAGCCUUUUCCUGAAGACGGAUGAUGAUUGCUAUAUCGACGUGGACGCCGUGCUAAUGAAGAUAGACCGAAAGCAACUGAAGCGGAACAAUUUCUGGUGGGGAAAUUUCAGGCAGAGCUGGGCGGUGGACCGCGUCGGUAAGUGGCAGGAGCUGGAGUACGCCAGCCCCGCAUACCCCGCCUUCGCCUGCGGCUCGGGGUACGUCGUCUCCAGGGACCUCGUUCAGUGGCUGGCCGACAACGGCGAUAAACUCAAGGCCUACCAGGGUGAGGAUGUCAGCAUGGGGAUAUGGAUGGCCGCCGUGGGACCCCAGAAAUAUCAGGACCCCGGCUGGCUGUGCGAGAAGGACUGCCAGCGGAAUAUGCUGUCCUCGCCCCAGCACUCUGCCCAGGAGCUGCGAUCCAUGUGGGCCUGCAGGACGGCGUGUGGCGACGCCUGCGGCUGCCCCAGGGCCCGGCGCUGAGCGGCAGGGGCACCGGCGCCGGUCCAUUCAUCACCCUGAUCCAGAGGCUUGUCUGGCGACCGGCCCCGUGACACCAAAACCCAGUGACAAAUCUGCAGAAUGACAGACUGGCUGGUUCUGUUCUUUAUUUU